GUUGCGUUGCAUAUGUCAACAAAAAUAUGUAUAUUGUGUAUUUUUUAAGUCGUCAAUCAUUUAAUAGAAAUGUAUUUUAAUAUUAUAUUAAGUUUAUAAUUUAUAUAUAUAUAUAUAUAUAUUUAUAAAUAAAAUAUUUUGUUCUAAUUUUAUACAACGAUGUUUUAAGUUGUCAAGUUAUAAAACAUAUUUUAAUAUCAACAGUCUCUAGUCUCUUAAUUAGCAUAGCAACUUAACAACUGACGCAAGAAAGAUAAUUACAGAAUAAAAUAAAAAUUAAUAAUAAACAUAUGUAUCGAAUAAUAUAUCUACUUUUUAUUGGAGUCAGUAUAUUUUGAAAAUAAUGGAUAUUACACUGGAUGACAAAUUAGGAGCUUUUCAGCAAAUAAGUCAAAGAAAAUUGAUUGAAAUUUUAGAUGGCAUUGCUGGAAAAAAGGAUUUAAUAAUAGAACAAAAAUUAAUGAAAUUGUUAGAUUGUUUCGUUGGAGUUACUGUAUUAAGGAGAUAUGGAGUUGAAAAAAUAUUCAAAAUGGAACAAGGUUUAAAACCUGCAAAUGCUCAACGAAUUUUUAUUUCUUCGUGUGAUUUGAUUGCGUGUAAAAGAGUCUUGGAUCAAAUACAAGCAGAACGCUCGAAUUCACCCGGAUUAUCUCACCACGUUUUGGUUGUUCCACUCGUUCCUCUCGCACUCCGCUCUCUUGUUGAGGAAGAAGGUCUCGCGGGAUUAAUCGAAUUACGUUCACUUUCGUGGGAAUUUAUUCUUUUCGAUGGAAAUUUUCUCUCAAUGGAAAUUCCAUUUUUCAGCGAUCUUUAUUAUUAUAAAGACACUGGAUUACUUCCGGCAUUGUCGCGAAAUCUUUGGUCACUGAAAUUAAUUCUCGGUGCACCACGAUUGACACUUGCAUUUGGCAAGCACAGUCAGCAAACAUUAAAAAUGGUGAAAACAAUUGAAGAAUCAUUUGGUACAUCGAGCAGUGAACAUGAAAUUGGUGCAUUAAUUCUCAUGGACAGAUCAUUUGAUUUGGCAUCGACACUUCUUACUUCUGUCACUUAUUUGGGUCUUCUUAGUGAAGUUGUAGAUAUUAAUAUUGGAACUGCAUCGCUCGGCACUGCACAAACGAAACUCGAUCCAAAUAAAGAUCAAGUCUAUGGCGAAGUUAGAGAUAAACAUUUUAGCGACGCUUUUCCCACACUGCGAAAUAAGGCCAAGUUAUUAAAAAACGAACAGGAAUCAACGCAGGGAAUGAAAUUGGCAGAAAUGAAGCACUAUGUAGCGACUACUCUGAAAAAAACAACGGAAGUGAAGCAGCAACUUGAAUUUCAUAUUACCGCUUGUGAGGCGGCAAUUAGUGCUCUAGGCUCAGAAUUUGAGAAUCUCCAUUCCAUCGAAGAAUCUAUUUUAGAAUGUACGAGACGAAAAGAAUGUUUGGAAUAUAUUGAGAGAAAUAUAGAUGAUCAUCCACUACGAAGUCUUCGCCUUUUAGCUUUACUUUCAAUAACAAGCGACGGAGUGACGCGCAGUGAAACACAAACAAUCCAACAAGCUCAUCUUCAUGCACACGGCUAUCAAAAUAUACCGUUGUUUCAUAAACUUGAAAAAGUGAAUUUACUGAAAUAUCGAAAUGAGAAUGUUCUCAAUAAAUUGCCAAACUGGACAAGCAAAUGGAUGAUGAAUGCAAAAAAAUUAAAAUUAAUUCCUAGUGCUUCGAAAAAUGUUGAUCUUAAAGGUCCCACUUGUCCCAGUUACGUUUUCAGCGGUGUUUAUAUUCCAGCAAUUGCGCAAAUAAUAAAUACUGUUGCGAAUCAAAUGGAUGCGAAGAGUCUCGAAGAAUUGACUAAUUUACCUGAGUGCAUUGUCACUGGCAGUCAAGGAACAAUUACACCAAAAACAAUUGUUGUUUGUAUUAUAGGUGGCAUAACAUACGCCGAAAUAUCCGCUUGUCGACUAAUAGAAAAAUCUGCCGGUAUUCGUUUAGUUUUAGUCUCAGAUAGCAGUAUAACCGGAAAUAAACUAAUAGAAACUGUACAAAAUUCGUAACAACAAAUUUUUUUAUAAUUUUUUUAGGUAGAAAAUAAUUAAUUAAAUUUUACAAACAAAUUAGAAUUACAACAAAAUUUGUUUUUUAUUUUUUAAAGAAAAGAAAUGUAAACUUAAUUUUUUUUUAAGAAAAGAAGAAAUUUUUUUAUCAUAUUUAUUAUUACAAAAUUUUGUGGAAAACAAAUUUUUUAUACCGCUUUCAGAAUGAA